CCGCUUCACCCGUUACCUCUCGCCGGGGAAAGUGCAUCUGUGCCGCUGGGAACUAGACGAAGCGAAGUGGGGACCGGUGCUGCGAAAUUUCGUCGACGUGGAGGAAUUCGAUGAAAAGGCUGUGCUGGCUUUCACCCUGGUGCUGGAGAAAACGAAUGUUGAGCAGGAUUAUUUUAACAAGGGAGCCAAAUUAUAUGGCGACGUAGGACCACGGGACGACUUGUUGCUGAUUCCGAUAGACCGGCUGGGUUCUUCACCCGGAGGCUUUUUGGUCCCGGUGCAACGAACGAUGAACCGCACGCCUGCGAACAACAUCACACUUGCCGAUGGGGUCAUAGAAGAUGAAGACGUCGACGCGUCAACAAACCAGGUACGCACCUUUUACGCUUCUCCGCAGACGCGGAGCUUUUGCCAAAACUCGGUGAAGACAACUAAACGUCCAUGCGGUGGCGACGAUGAAGUGGGUAAGACGAAAUCUGAAAACUCGAAGGCCUUCUCUUUCACUUCUGCUACCGAGGAAGCGAGAUUCUGGGCAAUGGUUGAUUUUUGCUGCGAAAAAGCGGCGGAGCGGUGCUGGGGCGGCGGGGUGGUCGAAGUGGUGGCGGCGCUUGGUUGUACUUGCUGGGAUGUUGAACAAAAGGGGUCUACUUCGUCCCUUGAUGGUGUUCCGACCACCCAAGCUGAUGCUGGAGGGGAAAUAACAUCCCGCUGUGUUCUCAGUACGCCGCAACCCGCCCUUCCGUUCAGCGCCUGGCUUCGCGAGCGGCAGGAGACGGAGGUGAAGAAGACGCUGGUGGAGAACUUGUACCUGCUAGACCUCCGUGCAGGCGGGGACGAAGUUUGUGAAAAUAGUACCCUCGUCCCCGAAGUAGAUGAAGCACAUGAUGCUUCUAUCUCCGCUCUCGUUUCCUCUGCCGACAGAAUCCGGUUCCGGGAGAUACGGUCGCGGGCGGGGCAGAUUCGAGAACAACUCGCGGUCGUGGAUCGGAAGUACGAGCAUCUUUUUGGCUACUUUGAAGCGCUGGAAUUGCACAGAAGAGAGGCUGGUGCAACGGAUGCACUGGCUCGGUUGCCGGAAGGGAGCGACGAAGAGGCAUUGCAGCGGCAGGUGGAAUGCGGAUUAUCUUCGCCGUUUGUGCUGAUUCCUACCCGUGUGGAGGAAACAGGAAGCGACUCGUUUCCGGCAGAAGAGGAGAAAAUUGUUUCAUAUUGCGAGCAAGAGGAAUUUUUCGCUUCUGAUGAAGAAGGUAUGGAGGGCGAAAACUGCGUGGUUUCGGUUGACGAUGCUGCAUCUACCGGCUCAACAGCGGCACGCGAUUUCUGGGACGCCGGCGAGGACGAAAAUUGUAGUGCAAAACUGAUGCGCGACGAAAGCGACCCAGUGCUACCAGAGAACGGCGCUGACCGAGAAGAUUUUAGAGACCUACAGUCACUUUUCAAAUCGACUCCAAUAGAUUCCCUUCCUUUAUUUCCACUCGAGCUCUCUAUGCUCGUGAAAGACCGUGGGUAUAAUUAUUGAAAACGAAUAAAAUCGACAAAAUGACUUUAUGUAUUGUUCCCCAAUCAUUAUC